GAAUUAAAGUGGUUCACUCAACUCAAGCUCUCUCAGUAUUAUAUAAAUUACUUACUCUGAAAAGCCUUUAGGUGCAAUAAGCUUAGAACAAACGAGAAAAUAAUGGACGCACCCUCAUAUCAGGAGAUGACUUAUGUUGAACAUGUGCAACGCAGACACGAGGAAAAAGGAUGCAUUUAUGCUUGUUUGUUUGCAAUGUGUUGCUGCUUCUGUUGCUACGAGACCUGUGAGUGCUGUUUGGACAUACUUUGCUGCAACUGUGCUUGAUGUCUUUCCUAGCCUUGUCAAUGCUAUGUUACUACCUAGUAUGUUAUUGUUAUAUGUAGUCUUUAACUCUGUUUCUUCGACACUUUCUGUAGUUAUCUCAAGUUAUAUAUUUAAAACUGGCUACUCUGUUUUUCCAUCUGUCCUUGAGCCUAAGGUCUAUCGGAAACAGCUUUUGUAUCUUCUUAAGGUAGGGGUAAUGUCUGGAUACAUACUACCCUUGUUAGAUCUCACUUGUGAGAUUAUACUAGGACUAUCCUCCCCCAGACUCAACAUUACAGUGGGUAUUUUGUUGUUAUUGUUGUUGUUGUAGUCGUAUAUUUAAAACUGUGAAGUCGAAUAAACUUGUUAUGUAAUUAAUCUGAUUGACCGUGUCAAUUUGUUUC